AUGUCAACUUCGCAAGGAGUCAAUGUACUCCGGUACUCAGCUCUCCUCGCGGGCAUUUUCUACGGGUUUUCACACCAAAGAACGAUCACCGCCCGGACCGCAGCAGCUCAUGAGCAGGCCGAAUAUCAACACAAGCUCGACUUAAUAGAGAAAGCCAAGCUGGAAUGGGCUAAGAAGACUCUUCCUCCCCAAGCAAAGACAGCAGGUGGUGACAUUAUAACGGACCCGAAUGAUAAAAAUUUCGACCUCGAAGCAUAUCUAACCAAGCUUUUUGCAGAGAGCUGA